GCGCUGCCAAGAAAUGUCAAAAACUCUCUUUUCUCGCUCUUUUUCCGGGCAUCUUGAUGUGCUAGUGAACACAUUUCGUUGUGAACACAAAUUAAAAUCGAUAUGGUUUUCGGUUCAAAGGUGGUAAAGGCCGGGGGCGCUGAGCCCGAUGCGUUCGAGGCCCAGAUUGGCCAGGCUAUCCUGGAGCUGGAGAUGAACUCCGAUCUGAAGCCCCAGCUUCGUGAUCUGCACAUCACCCGCGCUCGUGAGAUCGAAUUCAACAACAAGAAGGCGAUCGUCAUCUACGUUCCAGUCCCGAAACAGAAGGCCUUCCAGAAGGUCCAGACCCGCCUGGUGCGCGAGCUUGAGAAGAAGUUCUCCGGCAAGCACGUAGUGUUCAUUGGCGAGCGCCGUAUUCUGCCCAAGCCAAUGCGCGGACGCCGCGAUCCCAACAAGCAGAAGCGACCACGCUCCCGUACCCUCACCGCUGUGUACGAUGCCGUGCUGGAGGAUUUGGUGUUCCCGGCGGAAGUCGUUGGCAAGCGUGUCCGCGUCAAGCUUGAUGGUUCCCAGCUGAUCAAGGUGCACCUGGACAAGAAUCAGCAAACCACCAUCGAACACAAAGUUGAUACCUUCACGUCGGUGUACAAGAAGCUGACUGGCCGCGACGUGACCUUCGAAUUCCCAGAAAACUACCUGUAAAUCUUAGAGGCCCAACAAGACUGGCCGCGAGACAGCAGAAGCCCGCGACGGAUUGAAGAUUGCACAUUUUGGGAUGCUUCACUGUGUGGAAAAGAUGGUGUUGGAUGUAAAGAGGCCGUUACAAAAUAUCCAUAAAUAAAGAUCGUAUGGAUAGGAAAACUUAAAA